AGACCAAAACAAACAAGAUUAAAAAAAUGUGCAAGUUGCCAUUUAAUUUCAUUUUUUAAAUGAACAAAACCAUGAGAUGAGAAGCUCUGGACCUUUCGUUAUUGGAGGAACUGCCAGUGAUGGCGGUGCAUUUUGGACGCUUCUGUUGAGACCUCCUCCAAUCUCCUCUUCCCGAUUCAAUCGUUAAAUCCAACUCCGCUCUUCUCGGUGAUCUUUUGACCUUCCUUUACCGGUCACGAUUUUCUUCUUUUUACGGUGAACACUGAUUAUAUGACCGUCAACGGCAAUGCGUUUAGCAAGAUGGAAGACGAUUACAUCAGAAGGCACCAUAAGCACGACGUUAAAGACCACCAGUGUAGCUCCUCUCUCGUUAAACACAUCAAAGCUCCAGUUCAUCUUGUGUGGUCUCUGGUGAGAAGAUUUGAUCAACCACAGAGGUAUAAGCCGUUUGUUAGUAGGUGCAUUGUACAGGGAGACCUUCAGAUUGGAAGUCUUAGGGAGGUGAAUGUUAAGUCGGGACUUCCAGCUACCACUAGCACUGAACGAUUGGAGCUGCUAGAUGAUGAGGAGCAUAUAUUUAGGAUGACGAUUGUUGGAGGAGAUCAUCGACUUAAGAACUACUCUUCCAUCAUUACUGUCCAUCCAGAGGUCAUCGAUGGGAGACCAGGGACAAUGGUCAUUGAGUCAUUUGUGGUUGAUGUGCCAGAAGGGAACACUAAGGAUGAAACAUUAUACUUUGUUGAGGCCCUAAUCAAAUGUAACCUGAAGUCACUGGCUAAUGUGUCAGAACAUUUGGCUGUGCAAGACCGAACUGAGCCCAUUGACAGAAUCUGAAGCAUGUGGGGCAGGCUACCAGUGCAGUGGUUUCUGUUUAUGCAACUGGAAAAUGUAAGGUUCCAUUGUCAGAGGCAGAUGGAGAGUUUCACAUCCUAGAGGCAAAGUUUCUUUUCUUUAUACUUUAUGCUUACUCCCUUUUCAUCAUUUGGGUAUCUUGUCUAUAGUAGCUGACAAUUAAGAUCGUCUAUGGCCAUAUGCUUCCUAAAUGAACCAGCAAAUUAGAUUUUCUUACUUUGUGGUUUUUGCUAUGUUUUAAUAAUGGGUUAUAUAUUGACCUCUGAUUGUAAAUAUGAAUGCAUGGGGAGAAUUGGUUCAACUAUGAAACAGAUGCUUGUGGGCAUCGUCCUUGGAAAUUUUAUGUGCACACCUAUUUCUAUUUUGUGUAGGAAGGGGACAUGAGAUCAUAUAAUGUUGUAUUUUGGAAGAAACUAAAAAUACGUAAGAUGUGUUCUGUUUGUUUA